GAAGAUGGCGGGCGGGGAGAGGCGAGCAGGGGAGGAGAGCAGACGGUGGCGGCGGUGAGAAUUAAACCGACAGGCAGCCAUGGAGCACAUCUCCACACCUAAGGUAGAGAAUGUGAAAUUGCUUGAUCGCUACACAAAUAAAAGACCAGCUAAUGGGACUUUAUAUCUCACUGCUACUCACCUCAUUUAUGUUGAUGCUGCUGAUGGGAUCCGCAAGGAAACAUGGGUUCCACACCACCACAUUGCCUCUGUGGAGAAGCUCUCGCUCAGCGCCUCUGGCUGCCCACUGCUUAUUCACUGCAAGAACUUCCGAAUAUCACAUUUUGUCAUCCCAAGGGAAAGGGAUUGUCAUGAAGUAUACAACUCAUUGCUAAAACUCUCACAACCAGCUAAAUAUGAAGACCUGUAUUCUUUUUCCUACAAUCCCAAUCCAGAUCAAGAGGACCGAGUUAUGGGGUGGAAGAUGAUAGAUCUAAAGAUGGAUUUUGUUCGAAUGGGAAUUCCUAACAAACACUGGGUUCUGGGUGAUAUCAAUAAGGAAUACAAGGUUUGCAGCACCUACCCAACAAGUUUGGUUGUACCGAGGGAAGCCAGUGAAGCCACAAUCAUUGGAAGCUCAAAGUUUAGAAGCAAAGAACGAUUUCCUGUGCUGUCAUACUAUUUCAAACAGAACAAUGCAGCGAUCUGCAGGUGUAGCCAACCGUUGUCUGGCCUUAGCGGGCGCAGUGAAGAUGAUGAGAAGAUGCUGGAGAUUAUCAGCAAGGCUAAUCCAGACAGUCCCUUCAUGUAUGUUGUAGACACAAGGCCCAAGUUGAAUGCUAUGGCAAACAAGGCAGCAGGGAAAGGCUACGAGAGUGAAGAUAAUUACCCCAGCAUACGGUUCCAGUUCAUUGGUAUUGAGAACAUACACGUGAUGCGGAGUAGCCUACAGAAACUGCUGGAGGUGUGUGAAUUAAAGAGCCCAUCAAUGAGCAGUUUUCUGACCAUUCUUGAGAAUUCAGGCUGGUUGCGGCACAUUAAAGCCAUAAUGGAGGCUGGGCUAUUCCUAGCAAAGGCAGUGGAAAUUGAAAAAGCAAGCGUUCUGGUGCACUGUUCGGAUGGCUGGGACCGUACAGCUCAGGUCUGCUCUUUGGCUAGUAUAUUUCUGGAUCCUUUCUACAGAACCAUCAAAGGAUUUAUGGUACUCAUAGAAAAGGAAUGGAUUUCCCUGGGGCAUAAAUUCUCUCAAAGGUGCGGGCAUUUGGACUUGGACCCCAGAGAAGUCUCUCCGGUGUUUACACAGUUUGUAGAGUGUGUGUGGCAUCUCACUGAGCAGUUCCCUUGUGCCUUUGAGUUCAACGAGAAGUACCUGCUGGAAAUCCAUGACCACGUGUACUCCUGCCAGUUUGGGAAUUUUGUUGGAAAUUCACAGAAGGAACGUGAGGAGCUCAAAAUUUUUCUGACGACUCAUUCCUUGUGGCCAUUCCUUUGGAGUCGUAGGAAGGAAUUUAAGAAUCCUUUAUAUAUGCGAGAUGCGUAUGCAACUAUCCGACCAAUCACACUCCCAUUCUGCUUUAAAUUCUGGUGUGGAAUGUACAACCGCUUUGAUAAGGGAAUGCACCCGAGGCAGUCUGUCCUAGAUGCCCUGCUUGAAUGUAUGGACCGAAAAGAUGCACUGAAAUCAAAUGAAACUCUUAUGGAAGAUCAACUGCUACUUCUAGACAGUCCAGCUCAACUAGCCUGCACAGUGCCCACGUCAUCCUUAUCAGAACCAUUUCUGGAUGGAAUUCCAAGUGAUUUGAUUCCAGAGGAUUGUGGCAAAAAAGCACAGUCACAGCUGUCAAAUGGUUCAAUGAGCCAUAAUGACUUUGCAGACGAUCAGAGCAAAGAGCAGAUUGUUAGUAACCAUAACCUGACCUGUUGAGAAGCCAGAACAUCUGUGAGCAAUGUGCCAUCAUCAACUGUACAAGAGGAAGGCAACCGUAUUAUCACUCAAAAAUAAGCAACCUACAGGUGCUGAGAAGAUCACAAUUAUGCUCCUUUCAAAGGGUUGAUCUUAAGAAGCACUUAAUAAAUAAGAGACUGCUUUUAUUUAUGCAAUGCUUUGUGUCUUCCACACAGUCAGGUGCUGUAAUAUCUUCUCUGUUUGAUGGACAUAUGACCUAUUGAUCCAGUCUGAUCAUGUGAUUCGUUAGAAUCAAGUUCCAUUACACCAAAUCUUAGGAGUAAUUACAGUCAAUUGGCUAGUAAAAUGGUAAUGUUACAGACAAUACAAGGCGUUGCGCGACCCUUAUAUUUACCUUAAUGUGGAACUCUGGGUGUAAAAGCUUUUGCAACAACCAUAUAGCACUUUUUCAGGAAAUUAAUUGUUACUAACAUAGGUGUGUGUAAAAUAGGAAAAAGGGAAAUUUUCAACUACCGGAUUUGCAAUACUGAACAUUCUCUUAUCACACCUGAAAGAGCCUGGAAAGCAUUCAAUAGCAGUAAAGGUAAUUUGACUGAGCCAGUCCAGGAUUAGGAUAUUCUUUAACUUUUUUUUUUUGCUUUGCAAUAGAUGCCAACAAUAUGUGAUCCCUUGGUGUAUUGUAGAUAUUAUUUAGGAGUCAAAUCUUUAGAUUGUCUAUUGAUUUGGACUAAAAUUUGCAUCCUCUUGCUAUUAAAAGAACCUUAUUUUUUAUUUUAUUUUUUGUUCAUUAAAUGAUUUGCAGUAUUCAUAUGAAUUUAACAGCUUUUUACUGAAUCAAAAAAACCAUUGAAUCGUUUCAAGGUAUUAUACAGACGAGGUAAAUUGUCCAAUAUCAUAUGCAAAACCUGGGUAUUUGCCUCACAAUUAAGAGGUUAACUACAUUAUUGAUGACUAGAGCUUACACUGGUAUUAUAAAAAUUAAAUUUUCUGAUGAGGCAUUGUAAAGCAGUUUAAUAACUUGGCAUGUAUCUUUGAUUGUUCCUAAAGAGAAAUUUAGAAAUGCAGAUGUAAUACAGUGGUUGCCUUUUUUUAUUUUUUUUAUUUUAUUUUCCCUGGGGUGGUUGUGGGUGUGCAUGGAUGUGUUUCUGUGUAUUUAUUCUUUGUUUUCCUGUCUGAUAGAGCGUUUAAUUGCUAAAGCCUCCUACAACAACAAAAAUUCAGUUUGUCCAGCAUUAAACAUUUCAGAACUUCAUACAUGAUUACGUGGAUGUGGUUACGUUGUAGACAACAUAUUUGAAAAAAUAUCUCUAGUAAAUCUAUUUAUCUAUAUUGUCACACAUUUAAAAAAAUAUAUAACUAUGACAACUAUUUGAUAUGAAGAUGCUUUACAUGUCAGUAAGUAUGAGCCAGAGUGUUUCAGGCCCCUGUUAUAUUGGACAGUGACAUAUUUUGAUUGCCAUGUAUUCCAAAUGUAAUGUAUGGUGUUCUAACUGGCCAUCAUAAUUAUACCAACAAUUCCACGUGAACUUGAGUGCGCCCCUGUUUUAAUUAAUUGUGCUAGCUUGCUAAACUGAAAUAGUCACAUUAAGCAUUUACGCAGUUGUGGUGGAUUUGUUGGCAUGGUGUGUAUUUUUUCGUACGCUGUCACUGAAAUUACGCAGCAGGCAAUACUGUACAGUUAUCCUUACUAAUAUAUUGCAAUGUUAUAUAUCUGUCAGAACAAUUAUAUGAACGCUUGUGUCCUGUGAAAUAGCAUACUUAUUCAUGCAUGUUAUAUGCAAUAGAAGGGAAAGCGUGUUAAAUCAAAUUUAUUCUCUUAUGCCGAUCUGCACUGGAUUUUUUUUUUCUUCUUAAAAUAAUUUUCUCCUUGUGGCAAGGUAUCAUCUCCGCAGCCAAUAUAUAUUUGACAAAAGCUAUUUUUAAACCCUUUAGUCAAAUAGCAAGUCAGAAUGUAAAUCUCAUAGAUCAUUUGACUAAUGAAUGAAUUAUGAAACUCUCAUAAUGGCUGUUAUAGUGCAGCAUAUACCCAAGAGAAUAAUGGCAGAGGCACUCCUGAUUGGUUGUUUUCAUAUUGAGGAAUAUAUAGUGCACCCUGAGACGGGGGAUUUUAGUAAAAGUCCUGUUUCCUCCACCCCUUCACCUUUUUAAGUUUGCUCAAGUCAAUUUUAAGUAAUCUGUUAACCUGUGUUACUAGCAGACACUCCGAACCUUUACUGUGUUAAGGUUGAUUACCUUGCAGUAUGCCCACUCUACCCAAGGAAUACAUCAAAAGUAUCUUAUUAAUAACCAAAACUAUUUCUAAACAGGUUUACAACAUUUCAACACACAAUGUGAGCAAUUUUUGUAUAUAUGUGCAAGUCUGUGUCUAGUCUUUCCUGUUCAUUUACUGCUACGUUCUAGGUAACUGGUAAAUAUAGCAAGGAAGGCAAAGUUAUUUCCUUUUAUUUAUUCAGAAAGCAGAAUGUUUAAUUGUGAUUAAGAUGUGUCCAUAAUGAUGAAUAGGAAAGGAAUGUAUGUGUUUUGUCUGUUUGGAGGAGUAGGCCAAAGGAGAUAUUGUGCCGCAGUGUGUAGAACGAAAUAAGUUUUCUUGCAUCAAAAUAAAUGUUCUGUUGCAUUUAAAUAAUAAUAAUAAAACAAAGUCUUAUUUAUUCUGUGCUUAAAAGGGAACCUGCCUUAUGCAAAAUGUACAGUAGUCAAUAUUGCCUUCAAUUAAUCUUCAUAUUGUGAUGGUGAAAUUAGUAGAAAAUGUAUAAAUUAAGAGAUCAAAUUUCUUCCCCCAGUCACAGCAAUGGAUUGUGUGGUGCUGUGCACAGUACUGAUGACUGCAUGUCUAACCACCUGGAAAAAAGCUAUGUAUGUAGUCUUAAACAUC